AGUAUAAACUUCGUAAAGGAUAAUAUUUUGAAUCGUUCAAAAUGGCAGACGUAGCAGCACCAGCACCAGCUAAAUCACCAAAGAAAAAGGCAGCAGCUAAGCCAAAGAAGCCUUCAGCACAUCCUAAAUACAGCGAGAUGAUUGGGAAAGCCAUCGCUGCUUUGAAAGAACGUGGAGGUUCCUCAAGGCAAGCAAUUUUGAAGUACAUCAUGGCCAACUUCAACGUCGGAAAAGAUGCCAAGUCAGUAAACGCUCAUUUAAAACUUGCACUCAGAGCCGGAGUUAAGAACAACAGUUUGAAGCAGUCCAAGGGAACUGGAGCAUCCGGAUCUUUCAGAAUUGGAGAAGCAAAACAAGCUAAAAAGAAGCCAGCAAAGGCAAAGAAAGCAGCUAAACCUAAGGCUGCCAAGCCAAAGAAGGCAAAGAGCACACCUAAGAAAAAGAAGGCAGCAAAGAAACCAGCUGGAGAGAAAAAGGCAGCCAAGCCUAAAGCUAAGAAACCAGCAGCAAAGAAAGCAGCCAAGCCAAAGAAGGCAGCCAAGUCACCAGCUAAAAAGAAGGCAGCCAAACCAAAAGCCAAGAAGACACCAAAGAAGAAGUAAACUGUUCCAGACUACAGUCUGCAGAGGCUAUUCAGCCACCAAAAGCCCUUUUAAGGGCUACCCAA